AUGGCGUUCCCAUUGUUGCUACAGCUACUCAUCAUCUCCACACUUGUAUCGUUGUAUGUUAGGUUGUGGAGAUCAAGGAAUGGCCCGUUGCGCCCCAUGGACUGGCCGGUAGUUGGCGUUCUCCCGGCCCUCAUUUCUAGGCUCCACAACCUACACGACGAACUCACAGUCAUCCUUGCCGCCUCUGGUUGCAACCUGAAGGCACAAGGGCCACUAGGAAGUGGCAUGCGGUUCUUCCUCACCGCUGACCCGGCAAAUGUCCGGCACAUCUUCACCUCCAACCAUGCGAACUACCCCAAGGGCGAGGAGAUCGCCGAGAUCUUCGACAUCGUGAGCGGCAGCAUCCUCACCGUCGACGGCGAGGCCUGCCGCCAGCAGCGAGGGAUGUUCCAGAGCGUCCUGAGCAACCCACGGGUACUUGAGCUGAUGUCCCGUUGCUGCCGCGACAAGGUGGUGAACGGUCUGCUCCCGUUCUUAACCCGCAUGGAGAGUACCGGGACCCCGUUCGACAUGCAGGACCUGAUGACGAGGCUCAUAUUCGACCUCACUGCCACUCCGAUCUUCGGAGUAGAUCCUGGUUGCCUUUCUACCGACAUGCCGUCGAUGCAUGUCGCGGCCGCCAUGGACACGGUCAUGGAGGUUGGUCUUUUGCGGCACACUGUGCCAGCCUCCUGCUGGAAGAUGAUGAGAAAGCUGAACCUUGGCCCGGAGAGGAAGCUGGCCGUGGCACACACACUGUUGCAUGGGUUCAUCACGGAGAUGAUGGAGAAGACGAAAGCCAGGUACUCCGAUCGUGACGAGCUGGCCGCCGUGGACAUUGUUUCUGGUGAUCCGGAGUACAGCAGCGACAAGGCCCUGUUGAGUAGGAUACUCAUCAACUAUAUGAUCGCAGGCCGGGACACUGUUGGCACAACACUGCCGUGGGUUUUCUACAACCUCGCCAAGAAUCCCCGCGUCGUCUCCGGCAUCCGCGAGGAACUGGCUCACAUCGCAUCUCUCAAGGCCUCCGCUGCCGCAAGCAACGACAUGGCAGCCUUGUUCGAGUCCCUCAGGCUGUACCCACCAGGCCCGUUCGAGCGCAAGGUGGUGGUUGCCGAUGAUGUUGUCCCAAGCGGCCACAGGUUGUGCUCCGGCGAAACCAUCCUGAUCUCCAUCUAUUCCAUGGGCAGAAUGGAAGCCCUGUGGGGCAAGGAUUGCCAUGAGUACAGGCCUGAGAGGUGGCUCUCUGAAGAUGGCGGUAAGCUGCGGUAUGUGCCAUCUCACAAAUUCAUGGCUUUUAACUCAGGGCCGAGGAUGUGCCUUGGCAAGGACAUAGCAAUCACGCAGAUGAAGGCAAUUGUUGCCGCGGUCAUAUGGAACUUCUAUUUGGAGCUGUUGGAAGGGCAGAGCAUCCAGCCCAAGCUGUCGUGUAUUCUACAAAUAAAGAACGGGCUCAAGAUGAAGGUUAAGAAGAGGUAG